AUGGAAGAAAUUAAUAAUAAUAAAUCACUUGGUGCUUAUUUGGGUCGUUUAUUCAAUUUCAAAUAUGAUCGACAUGAUUUCUUAGCUGCUGCUGCAGAAUUCUUGGGAACCUUUUACUUUUUAUUCAUGGGUUCUGGCGGUGCCACAGGUUUUGGAACAUCACCAAUAGGUGCUAUUGGAGUUCCAUUUGCUUUCGGUUUUUCACUUUUAGUGAGUGUAUGGACCUGGGCAUCUGUAUCCGGAGGAGUAUUAAACCCAGCAAUUACGAUAGCUUUAGUUCUCACUGAAGAUAUGUCAUUAGUACGUGGUAUAUUAUAUAUCAUAGCCCAAUUUGCUGGCGCUGCAUUAGGUUCCUUCGCAGUUGCUUCAUGCCAACCUGGAGAUGCCGGUGCUGCUACUCUUUUGGCUCCAGGGGUUUCAGCUGCACAAGGUUUCUUCCUUGAACUUAUUGCCACAUCAGUAUUAACAAUGACCGUUUACAUGCUUGCAGUUCAAGGGCAUGGUCAGUUCACCGCUCCAGUUGGAAUUGGUUUAUCUUUGUUCAUCUCUGCCAUUUGCAUAGGACCAUAUACCGGUGCAAGUUUAAAUCCUGCAAGAACUUUUGGUACAGCUGUUGUAACAGGUCAAUAUGGUGACUCUCAUUGGAUCUAUUACAUUGGUACUAUUGCAGGCAGUUUGCUAGCCGCUCUUUAUACAUUUUCAUUAAGGCAAUUGGAUUAUAAAAGCUAUGGGGCAAUAUCAUGUAAAGAUAUUGAUCAUAGUAAAGAUAAAAAACAAACUGAUGAAGCAAAAAAUGAUACUAAUAUAUCAUCCUCAACGGAUAAAGGAACAAAAUAUACUUUUGAUAUUAAGGCUGGUCCAUCGUCCCCAUCGCCACCAAAUCCUAUUUACAAAAGAGCAACAGAAUAUAUAUUUGAAGAAAAAGAAUCAUUAGUCAGUAUAUUUAAACCUGGUAUAAUAUCUGAUGUUUUAAAAGAUGCUUUGGGUAUUUUGGCUCCAAAUAUGGAACCACCGUAUUAUGAAAGAAUGAGAAUAUAUGGUUAUCCACCCGGUUACCUCGGAUAUGAAGUUGGUGAAGGCAAAACUCCACCAAAUGAUUAUGAUUUAGAACCUGGUGAAAUAUAUGAAUCACCUUCAUCCGUUACAACAGAAAAAGAUAAGGAAAUUAUUGUUACAAACGAUGAUAAUUUAGAUGUUGAUUAUAAAAAGAAAAAAGAAAGAAAAGUACAAUUGGUCUACUAUCCUGACUUAAAUUUAGAAUUAACAUCAUCGUCAACGAU